CGGACUGAGAGGAAAGGCGACACUGAGUCUACCAGGUGAGGUAAAAAACACCCACCUGCUCACCUCGGAAGGGGCGAGCGAGGUGCGGCUCCCGGUGACCCGCGACGGUGGAGCGCACCUGGGCGGAGGCGGAACUGGGGGGUGUGGGCACUGCUUGUAGGGCCUGGAACUAAACUCACCUGUGAGGGAGGCAGAGGCGGGGCCCGGGCAAAAACCCACCUGAGCCGGCUGGAAACCCGACCCGCGAGCAGUCCCCAGGCUCGCGCGGCGGGGCCCCCCUCGGUCAGCCCACGCGUCGGUCCCCGCACGGCCGCCAUGACCUGGAGCGCCACGGCCCGGGGCGCCCACCAGCCCGACAACACCGCCUUCACGCAGCAGCGCCUCCCAGCCUGGCAGCCGCUGCUGUCGGCCAGCAUCGCGCUGCCGCUCUUCUUCUGCGCGGGCCUGGCCUUCAUUGGCCUGGGCCUGGGCCUCUACUACUCCUCCAACGGCAUCAAGGAGCUGGAGUACGACUACACCGGCGACUCGGGCACCAGCAACUGCUCGGUGUGCGCCGAGGCUGGCCAGGGCCGCGCGCCGCCGCCCCCCUGCUCGUGCGCCUGGUCCUUCUCGCUGCCCGAGCUCUUCCAGGGCCCCGUGUACCUCUACUACGAGCUGACCAACUUCUACCAGAACAACCGGCGCUACGGCGUGUCCCGCGACGACGAGCAGCUGAGCGGGCUGCCCAGCGCGCUGCGCCACCCGGUCAACGAGUGCGCCCCCUACCAGCUUAGCGCGGCCGGCCUGCCCAUCGCGCCCUGCGGCGCCAUCGCCAACAGUCUCUUCAACGACUCCUUCUCGCUUUGGCACCAGCGCCUGCCAGGCGGGCUCUACGUCGAGGUGCCGCUCGACCGCUCCGGCAUCGCCUGGUGGACCGACUACCACGUCAAGUUCCGCAACCCGCCGCUGGUCAACGGCAGCCUGGCGCUGGCCUUCCAGGGCACGGCGCCCCCGCCCAACUGGCGCCGGCCGGUCUACGAGCUCAGCCCCGACCCCAACAACACCGGUUUCAUCAACCAGGACUUCGUGGUGUGGAUGCGCACGGCGGCGCUGCCCAUGUUCCGCAAGCUGUAUGCGCGCAUCCGCCAGGGCAACUAUUCGGCCGGGCUGCCGCGGGGCGCCUACCGCGUCAACAUCACCUACAACUACCCGGUGCGCGCGUUCGGCGGCCACAAGCUCCUCAUCUUCAGCAGCAUCUCGUGGAUGGGUGGCAAGAACCCUUUCCUCGGCAUCGCCUACCUGGUCGUCGGCUCCCUCUGCAUCCUCACCGGCUUUGUCAUGCUGAUCGUCUACAUUCGCUACCAGGACCAGGACGACGACGACGAGGAGUGAUUCCAGCUUUCCAGGGAUCCUUCCUGCUUCUUGCCAAAACUCUUCCGAGCUUCUUCUGGCAUCUCCUCCUCGCCCCUGGCCCAAUUCCAACCUCUCCUCGCUUUUCCUCCCUUUGUGAAUGAGGGGAUCAGAGAAGGGAAUUACCCCCUUGCUCUUGGGGGGCUCGCUAGACUGUCUUGCCGCGGGGAGGGAUGUUGACUGCAGAGUGAAACAUCAUUGCAAACUCUUCCCACCUCCUUCACGACACCGAGUUGCCAUGUGAGGUUCUUCAAGUCUGAGAAUGGAAGGGAUCCCUAUGGAGACUCCUGUUCAACCCCUAUCAGAGGAAGAGAUUGAGAGACCUAGCAAUGUGAAGUAACUAAGAUCAGGCAGCUGCAAGUGACUCCUGACUCUUGAGUCUAGAGCUUUUGCCACUACAAUACUGUGGUUUUCUUUUCUUUGGUGAGGGGAGUGGGUUGGAAUGGAGAGUGAGGCCCACAAAUUACCUGCAGAGAUGUGGAAGCGUGAGGGAGAACAUGCUUGUUAAAUAUGCAGGUAGAUUAGGAGACACCAACCAGAGAUUCAGUCACAGUAAGGCUGGGAUGAGACCCUCGAAGCUGUGUUUUAACAAACUCCUCUGGAGAGUCCCAUACUCCCUCAAAUUUGGGAAUCACGACCCUGAACCAGGUUGGGCCUGAAGCAGUCAACUGAGUUCACUUUUUUGGAUAGUAAUUUGUUCCCAGGGGCAGUGACAACCAUGAUGUUCCAGGUUUGGUCUGGCACUCUGCCUUGAACGUAGGAAGCUCUUGAUGACUUGUGGAAUGAAUUUUUAAAAAAUCACUAUCUCGGGAAAACUAGUUGGCAUACAGAGUUGUAGGACAGGGUUUAUGUUAUUCAUUUAAUAUUUUAGUAUUUUGGUAUAAAAGCAAACAGGCAAACUUUGCCAGGUACUGUGUAGAAACUCGAAAAUGUGAGGCCAGUUUGUACAGUUCAGAGGAAAUGCUUUAACCUAGAAUCAGACAGCUGGAAGAGAUCUUCGAGGGAAAGUAAGUUCCCUAAAGUCACAUCUAUGUCUCCUAGCUCAAUCUUCUUUAUCAUUUAGUGUGCGUGUGUGUGUUUAGAAAGGGCUUCAUACCUUUUCCCUUGCAUCUGGAAAAAAAUUUAUCUUUUCAAAUGAAAUCUGUUGAUUCCUAGUAAUCAUAUUUGAAUCAGUGCUAAGGCAUAUAUAGUCUUUUAUGUAAACUAGAAUCUUAAGAUUAUUUGAACCUUUGAGAUGACGUUAAAACUCAACUAAAAUAAUUCAAUUGAUUUUGAUUGACUAACAUCAAUCAAUAUGUUUAAAGUUAUUCUAAGAAGCAAUCGUUUUAUUUUUAAAAAACCUUGUAUGGCAAAAUAACUUUAAAAAAACCCCUUUGUGAUAUCAUCUUACCAGUUUAUUUGUAAAUGCAAACAGUUAUUUGGUAUUUGUCAGAAUUCUUCAGUGCCUGCUAUUAAGCUAUUUUCCAAUUAUUAAUUUGAUUAUACUCAUUCACUUAAGGCAGUGCAAGAUCUUGAAGUAUUUUUUUAGCAGUUAAGUAAUAUUGAAUUGUAUUGAAUAGUUUACAUAGUUUAUUCUAGUCUUUGAAAAUUACUGAACAAUGAACAAUGUGCAUGUCAUUGACAUCUGCCUUAGAACUUCUGGGACAAUCCUGAGUCAAGAUAUUCUAUCCCAUUAUUUGCAUAUACCAAAAACACUUUGUUAAUUCAAUGUGUUGGCCUCCCAACUCCUGAACACGACACAAUUUUAUUAUUAGAUUUUGUAUGGUGAUUUUAGGCUAUGAAAAUAUGAUCAUUAUAUGUACAUAGAGAAAUUUUUAUUUGUUACAAAUGUUUGAGCAGCUCACUAGCCCAGCCCUCCUCUAUUUUGGGUAGGAGAAUUUACUACAUUUUUUACUAUGUAGCUGAGAGCAACAUGUAUUUUGUUAUUUUUAGAAUGAUCAGUAUAUUGCUAUAAAAUGUUAAAUGAGGCUAUGAAAGUUAAAGUAUUCUGAUUCUGAUUAAAUUAAUGAAUGUGGUUCCAGGCCCUGUUCUCCGGGUUUUUGAGAGAGAAUAAAGGUUAUGUUUGUCUUACCUU